AUGAGCGUGGCUGCAUUACCUGAGCGCGAGGUGAAUCAGCUUCAUUUCUACUUACUGUGGAGGAACGAGAAGCAGAGAGAUAUGCGUCGAGUGAACAAAGUGGACGUUGUCCACCCAAAGGUUCCUGAUCCCCAGGAGCAUCUGUCACAGUAUUUCAGGAGCAAAUUAGGAGAAAGCCUGUAUGUGGAACCGGCAGAAUUUGACACAUCGGACAAGGACAUUGAAGUGACGUGUGGAUCCUACAACAGCCUCCAUGAUCCACACUUGAAGAAAUUCUUCAAUGAGCGGAAAAGGAAAGAACUUCUUUUUAAACAGGGCCUCAUCACCCAGGACGAUCAGGUCCUGUGCUCGCUGAAAGAGCUGAAUCGGUACAUGCGCUACAUCCAAAGAGUUCAGCUCAGCUGGAACAAACUUUUCCAGCAAGAACAGAAGAAGCUCCUGAAGAAGUUCAUGGUGCUAAAACUUGAUGGUGGAGUUCCUGAGAACAUCAGCACAGCUCAUUUAAAAGACUGGCUUAUCCAUAGAGGCAGAACCACCUUCAGGAAAAUCUACAAGAAAAACAUCAAACAAGGCAGCAAUCUGAACAAUGCUGAAAUGGCCUGGGAGGUGACUCAAAGAAUCCAGCUGGACGAACUAGAGAAAGACGUUCUUAGAGAGCUCCGGAUUGAACAUCGUAUCCCACCAAUGGAGGUUCCAUCUGAAGUGAAAAACCUGAGAGAAGGAAUAUUUGCACCAUCCUGCUCGCCUGAAUCAACCUUGUUGAUUGCUGAUGACCAGGCCAAUGGCACUACGUUGGCUCAGGAUUUGAGCCGUGGCUCAUCACUUGUGUCUCCACCCACUGGAACCUCAAUCCAGAAAACCAGUCAAUUGACUGAUGAGGCUGCUGCAAUACUGGAGGAUCUUCUAGGCCUGGGUUUAAAACCAGCGAGAUCUGGGACCAAAUCAGGGAGUUCCUCUUUUUAUAAGAGCGCUGUAGUAAUGACCUCCAACGAUGCUGUGAAUUCACCCCCCUUGCUAACAACGGCUGAGAAGUUGGUGCUGGAUGUGCUGAACAGUUCUGUGUCUUUGAUAACAUAUAGUAACAAGGCUGACGAUUUUAAGAACUCUGACAUGGAUCUUGAACCUCCAAGUCCGUCAGUGUCUCCUGUUUUCUCUCCUGAAAGGAUCACAGAGAGAAAUGUUACUACACCUCAUGAAGAAACAAGAACUACCCUCCAGCUCUUCAAUUCAGAAGACUCUGAGAUCACCUCACAUAAAUUCAGACCUGGUAGAAUGUGCCAGUCUGCUACCAGCCCAACUACAAAACAUGUACAAAUAGAUAAACUCAGUGAGCAUGUUGUUGAACACACCCUGGACAUGGUAAUAUCAGUGCUUGAAAGUGAAGGACUUUUGCCACUGCAGAAAUCAUCAAACGUGCCUGAUGUAUCUUCAUCAUCUUCAAACAAAUCUGUGGAAUCAGACUUGUUGGCAUGUUGUGGCACCACAGACAAAAGCCAGAGUCCGACCCAGAGUUCAUGCUCGGAUUCCGAUUCCCAGCUGAGCUUAGAAGCAAGGAAGGUCGUAAGUGAGACUCUGGUGGAACUCCAAAAGAAAUUAUCAGAUGAGUCUUUAAUUCGAACCUACUCACCAGAGAACACUGAUGCCAUCAAUGAGCUUAUCAAUGGCAUCCUGAAGCAGAUUCAGGAAUCACCCAGCUUGGAUGGCAAUCAGCUUAACUCAUCCAGCUCCUCAGAAAGCACCUUCAGGUCAUUUUCAGAUGCUCAGUCUGGUUGGGACAGUGAACUUACAGAUGUAGCUGGAGAUACUGUUAGUUCUUGGUUUCUAGAUGAGUUCAACAUACCUGAGUCAUGCUUUGAUGAAGAUCUUCCUGCUGACCAGAACUGGCUGGAAUUGCUGACUGAAACUCAUCUAGAUUUAUGGCUAUGUGCUUUAAUUGCAGAGGAGGUCAUGAAGAUUCACUCUCUUUCACAAACUGAGGCAAAAAAUGAGAGAGCAGAGGACACUUCCCUAAAAAACACCAGCACUAUAGACGUCCCUAAGACGAGUGGAAGUGAUUCAGAUGCUUCUACCAGCGACACUGCUGAAAACCCAACUGGCACCAAACAGAAGAAGACAACAAAAGCUCGCAAUUUCUUCAGAAGGGCCUGGAAAGCAUUGAAACAGACAUUCACCAGGCGCUCCAACAAGAUAGCCCCGAUCUGAUUUUCCACCAUUUUUAACAUUACCCACCAUUUUUAACAUUACCCA